AUGAACCUUCUACAACCGACGACUUUAGCAGCCCUAGUAACUUUAAUCGGAUUUGUGAACGCCUAUGUGUCAAUCCUCAUCAUUAAGGUUUCGCAAGACGAUCUUGCCAUGGAUAUAUACAACUUCGACACAACUGCCAAACGCCGAUGUCGCCAAGAGGCAAGUCAACUCCCUAAAACGCUGCAAUUAGUCUUGUAUAUGUUGCCUGACUAA